AUGAUAUCAUGUGCGCUUCCAUUGUUGGUGUAUGCAAAAAUUUUAUUCAUACUGUUAUUGAAAGUUUUAGUUGAAUUCGAUUCCCAUAGAAGUGUAAAGUGAUAAAAUUGAAAUGGGGUGCUUUGAAUUAGCGGACACCUGUCGAGCAUGUCAAAUUAGGACUCAGGAAGAGUCUAAAAAGAUAUUCAUCUUCAACACUGUGAAACUUCCGGACAUCUUCAAAGAAACCACAUCCCUGGACAUUCAUGAGAACGAUGGAUUACCGAAAGUGUUAUGCUGUUCCUGCUACGAUCGCCUCCUGGAAGCCUACAACUUUCGGAAAAUGUGUUCCGCUGCAGUUCUGUACUUCAAGAAGAUCCUAUCGAUGGAUGUUCCGGAGGAGAAAUACACCCCACCUGAAAAUUUAAUCACCCAACCGGCAGAGAUAAAGGCAGAACCAGUGGAUGCAUCUGAUUCUCCUCCAAGGAAGCUAAGCUAUCGUCCGGACAGAGAUGAUGCUGUCAGUGACAUUUCCGACAUGCUGUCCAUUGAUGAAAACCUUCCGGAAAUACUUAAAACUGAUCCUGAUGAUGGUACAGCCGAGGAAGACACUUCAUACUUUCCACCGGGCAGAGACUGCACUGUUGAUGUUUCGAAUACUUUACCAAAAGAAAAACUUCAGGAUGACUCUGAUGAUGAUACUCCCUUGAUCAUCAGAAAGACCAGAAAACUCAAAAAACCACACAAAAAACUAGAAAAAUCUACAAAAUCGCAGAAGGAAACUAAAGAAAUUACUCUUCAAGAGGACCUUCCAAAAUACGAGUGCAGUAUCUGCAGUUCAGUAUUCCGGCAGAAGUCGUACCUAGAGAUGCACAUUUGGAAAGAUCAUCUGGGAUUAAAGGCUUGUGUAUGCAAAAUCUGUGGGAAGGAAUACAAAUCAUCCAACGGUCUAAGGAAGCACUCUAAUUCGCAUAGAGUUAAGAAAAGUACUGAAGUCCAAAAAGGUACUAAGCAGUAUGUAUGUGCAGUUUGUGGAAUAGACAAAGUUACAGCCACUGAACUAAGGACUCAUGAGAGUAUUCAUAAUAAGGAUGGCAUGUGGUUCUGCGUAACCUGUCCCUACAAAGCUGUUAGAAAAUACAGUUUGACACAGCACGUAAAAGUAUAUCAUCAUGGAAUAAAGGAAUUCCAUUGUGCACAGUGUAACAAAUCAUACACCGAGGCAUCAGGACUAAAGCACCAUAUGUUGCGUCACAAAGGUAUUAAGAGGUUUAAGUGCAACACUUGUGACUUCAUGACGGUAACAUUAACUAAGUUGAAGAUCCACACAAAUACUCACACGAGGGAAAAAUUGUGGCAAUGUGAAUAUUGUUCCUACAUAUCCCUCCAAAAUUUUAGGCUAAAGCAACAUAUGCGGUUAGUUCAUAAUAAAAAAAUGAAUUUUAAAUGUCCGCGAUGUUCAGGAUCUUACGUAUCGGCACAAGCUUUGAAACUACACAUGAAGCGUCAUGAACGCAUUGAAAGAUAUCAAUGCACCAUUUGUGGAACUAAAACUAUAACGGGAGUGGAAUUGAAAGCCCACAUGCGAACUCACAAGAAAGUUCCAGAGAGGCCAAAAGUCUGCAAUCAAUGCGAUAAGGUAUUCAAAAAACCCUCGGAAUUGCAGAGACAUCUGAAGUGUCACUUAAAUCCCAAUUAUAAACCAAAAAUCAAAAAGAAGUCCGAAAUAGAGGUAGAAAAAAAUGAGAAAUCUACUCAAGAACCGACACUAACCGGGACAUAAUAUUAAGGCUUUACUGUUCUCAAGUGCUUCUGCAUUAUCGACUUUUCUUUGUGUUGGUUCCUGCUAAGACUGUUUUGUUAUUUUAGAACGGAGUACUGAUUAAAACUGUUGUGCUUUUGAGGAUCACUGAGGUAAAACUCUUCAAGGAAACACUCAAGUAGAGUAAACUUCAAUAUAAUUUAGCAAAAAAAAAGUCUUUUAUAAGAAGAAGAACACUAGAUAUUUCAUCAUCCAAAAACGUACUUGAUAGCACAGACUGAACUACUGACUAACUAACAUGAUAGUAGCAUGUCAAAUUUGCUCGCUGCUUAUUUUUGACUACAUUGCUACUGUUAUCACAACAAAAAUAGUGCCAGGACUGAACACAGAGAAAAGUCGAUAAUACAGAAGCACUUUAGAACAGUAAAGUACUAAGAAAGGUAUUCAUUUUUCAUUAGGUAGCACCCUUUCAAAUCUUAUUUUUUAUCACAUUGUCAGUGAUGACUGACUAGACCACAAUCCCAAGGGAGUUCCCCUGAACAUGCCUUUUAAAAAUAUUUUUAUUAGCUCUUAAGACACUAUAUCUAUUGGGCACCUUUAAGAUCAGUAUUUUCAGCAUACAAUAGUUUCAUUUACUCAAUUUUCUGAUUAGCAAUUACUAAAUUUUAUCCCUUAUGCCUUUGGCACACCUUUUAGAUCGGUAGAAUUUCAUGAAAUCUAAAUUCGUGUCCCUUUUCUUCUCAAAAGAUUUGCAUAAGUAUAUCCUAUUCUUUCGGCUCCAAAUUGGACUGAACUAAAUUUAAUUUGUUGUGAUGUUUAAAAGAAGAAGAAGAGUAUAAAAGAGUAGGAUAGACAUAUGCUGAACUUUUGAGAAAGAAAGGGAUGUGAAUUUCGAUUUUAUGAAAUUUUCUUGAUCUAAAAGGUGUGCCGGAGCCAUUAUGGCUCGGGCACACCUUUUAGAUCAAGAAAAUUUCAUGAAGUCGAAUUUCGGAUCCCAUUCUUUUUCACAUGUUUUGCAUACGCCUAUCUCAUUCUCUCGCACUCUUCUUCUUCUCUUAAACAUCACUCCAAAUUUAAUUUAGAUCAAUCGAAUUUGGUAUGCCAAAGAAUGAGAUAGUCAUAUGCAACAUGUGAGAAAGAAAGGGUUUCGAAUUUCGACUUCAUAAAAUUUUCCUGAUCUAAAAGGUCUGCCGGAGCCAUUAAAAAUGUAAAUCUGAAUGCUUAAAUUUCUGAAAUAUGAAAAAAUGUUAAACAUUUAAGUAAAAAUUCAUAAAUUGAAUUUCAAUACUAAUGGUUCCGGCACACCUUUUAGAUCAGGAAAAUUUCAUGAAGUUGAAAUUCGGAUCCCUUUCUUUCUCGCAUGUUUGGCAUAUGUCUAUCUCAUUCUCUGGUAUUCUUCUUCUUCUCUUAAACAUCACUCCAAAUUCAAUUUAGCUCAAUCGAAUUUGGUAUGUGAAAGAAUGAGAUAGUCAUAUGCAAAAUAUGUGAGAAAGAAAGGGUUUCGAAUUUCGACUUCAUGAAAUUUUCCUGAUCUAAAAGGUGUGCCCGAGCCAUAAGAAUUUAUUUACUUAUUACUUGUGUUAUUCUCUUUUUACAAAAUAUUGUCGCUCUCAUUUUUCUGUUUAACAAAAAUAUUUACUCAUAAGUUUCUAUGUUGCGUUUGACCGGUUUUUAGACCAAACCAAAAAAAAAGUAAGACAAAUUUAUUGUAGAAGGAUCUUCAAAAACCACCUUAUAAAGGGAUUUUUGAAGAGUAAUUAAGUCAUGCCAAAAGAAUUUGUAUUUUUAUAAUCUUUAAUAAAUUAAAUUCUAUUUUAAACUCUAAAUUUUGAAGUAUUUAUUCGACUGU